AUGCCUCGUCAUCCGCAGUACAACAGUCGAACUUCACUUACGUCUGCAUCCUGGGGUCCAAACUACCCGGCUGAACCCAUCGAUCCCCGCAUUCCUCUAGAAGAACAAUUGUUAGUACGGUGCGGCGAUGAAAUACGGGAUGUAAUUAUAUACAUACAUGCAGCAUACAUACACACAUACAUACAUGCAUACAUACAUACAUACAUACAUACGUACGUACGUACGUACAUAAACAGUUGGUUUCACGGUGGAAUAGGCCGCGUGGAGACGGAGAACAUACUGCGCAUGCACAGAGAGGGAAGCUAUCUCGUGCGCACCAGCGAGUCAAACAGAUAUGACUACUCGUUGUCUGUCAAAAGUACUCGAGGCUUCAUGCACAUGAAGAUAACACCCAAUCAGGAUGGUCGGUACAUUUUGGGUCAGUUUAGCCAGCCAUUCGCUAGUAUACCACACAUGAUUCAGCACUAUACAAUUCAUAAACUGCCAAUCAAAGGUGCGGAACACAUGUCACUGUUAUAUCCUAUCGGUAAUGAUAUGCUCUGA